UAUCGGCAAGUAAAGGUGACGGAUGUACAGAACGAGUGAGAGAGACACAGAGAGAACUUCAAAUCGAACAGAGGACAGAAGACAGAUGAUUGAAUGAAGCCUCCACCACUAACCAUGCAGUGGAGUCUAUCUCUCUGCUCUUUAAUGAGGGUUGCGUUAUUAGCCCAGAUGAGCAGCACCUCAACAGUAAACGUUGCGUUACAAGGAGUGGCCACUCAGUCAUCACAGUACUCUGCUGAUAAUGCUAAUGUUAAUCAUGUGAAAGCUUCUAAUGCCAUUGACGGGAACAAAGACCCAAACGCCAACAAUGGAUCCUGCACCCACACAAUGGAGGAGACCAACCCCUGGUGGAGAGUGAACCUGCUGGAUGUGUACAAAGUGACUCGUGUUGUAAUCACCAACAGAAACAGCAAUCCUGAGAGGCUCAAUGGUUCAGAGAUUCAUGUUGGUAAUUCACUGGAGAACAACGGCAACAACAACCCCAGAUGUGCAUUCAUCUCCAGCAUCUCAGCAGGACAGAACCAGACCUUCCAGUGUAAAGAGAUGGAGGGACACUAUGUCAGUGUGAUCAUCCGUGGCAAUAAAAAAAUUCUCACUCUGUGUGAGGUGGAGGUAUAUGGCAGUCUAGUGGGACACUGUUCAUCUGAAACAUGCCUCUCUCAUGACGAGUAUCAGUUUGUGAACCAACAUAAGACCUGGACUGAAGCACAGAGUUACUGCAGAAAGCGGUACACGGACCUGGCCACCAUAGACAACGUGGAGGACUUGGACAAACAGAUGAAAGCUGUACACAGUGAUUAUACUGAAGCAGCCUGGAUAGGGUUAAAGAAGGGAGACUGGAAGGGAGAGUGGCAGUGGUCAGACAAUGAUUGCAGUGAGGGAUAUUUCAACUGGAGCCGAGACGAACCAAAUAACAGGGAAGGGAACGAGGACUGUGUGAUGAUGAGCAACGGUGGUCAAUGGAAUACAUCUGAUUGCAACAAUUCACAUGCAUUUAUCUGCUAUGACAGACUGAACAGUUCUGGUACGAAAUUCCAUUUUAUUAAUAAUACUCAGAUGACUUGGAGAGAUGCUCAGAUGUACUGUAGGGAGAAUCACACAGACCUGGCCAGUAUGAGGAACCAGACUGAGAACGAGGAGAUAAUUAGACUGGCUAGUGGUGAUAGUGUGUGGAUUGGCCUGUUCAGAGGCUUCUGGAAGUGGUCGGACCAGAGUAACUGCUCAUUCAGAAACUGGCAUGAGAGACAACACGAUAACACCGGAGGGAAUCAGACCUGUGCUGUGACAUUUAUGAACUAUUCCGGGCGUUGGGGUUUUCAGAAGUGUGAUGAAAAACAACCUUUCUUCUGCUACUACAAUAAGGUGAUCUUGGUUCAUCAGAAUAAGACGUGGAAAGACGCCCUGGCCUACUGCAGAGAGCACCACAACGACCUGGUCUCUGUCUCCUCUUACGAGGUCCAGAGAUGGGUGGAGGCCCAGGCCAAGAGAGCCUCCAGUCCUCAUGUGUGGCUGGGCUUGCGCUUCACCUGCACUUUGAACCUCUGGUUCUGGGUCAGUGGAGAGUCCACCUGCUACAACAACUGGGCUUCGGGAAACGGGACCGCCAUGGAGGACUGUGGGAGAACCGGAGUGAGGAGUACAGGGGCGGUAGAGAAAGAUGGAGGACACCAGUGGGUCAGUCUGCCUGACACAGAAGAGCUCAACUUCAUCUGCAGCACAAAAACUAGAAUCUGAACCACGGUAGUAGAAUCUGGACCAAGGUUCGGGACUUAAAAACGGUGACCCCGGACAUGCCGAAUUUGCGCCAUUCUGGAAAGGGGGAAAAAAGCAGAUCCACGCCACAGUGGGUGAGGCGGGUUGCAGGAGAGUAUUUAGAUAUUGAGGUUUAGCAAAAUAUUUUAAAGGAUAUGCAACGAAAAAGAUGUAAAACGAUUUAUACAAGGGACACAACAGGACAAAGACGUCUGACUGCUACACCAUCUUGGAAUAGGAACUGUGAAACGUGUCACAAGAGAAAUACUAAACGGGAGAUCAUAUCACUGAUGCAAUUUCAAUGUUGCUUGAGUUGCUUUGUGUAUCACCAAAUUUGCUUGAGAUGAUUUUACUACAACACUGCUCACUGUAUCCAAGUUGUUUGACAUGAAUAUAUCCUCCCCGCCCACUCAACCUGUCUUUUCAAACUUCCUGGUAGUUAGCCAUGUGAAAAAGUAAAUACUUUUCAGAGUUACUUUUCAGGACCUUUCAAACUUCUUAACUAUAAUAUAUGAUGCUUAGCUUAUAUUGUAUCCACUUUGUUUCCCCUGAAUAAAAAAUAAAAUAAAUCAUAAAAAAUUUGAAA